ACACCACUUCAAUUUAAUAUGCUUUUUCAAAUCAAUACAUAAUCAAAGCGAUUUGUUUCAAGAAAAUUUUGUUAGGCCCCUAUGUCGUGGGACUAUCGAAAUAUUAGCUGAUUUUGAUUAGGUGUCAUAAAAUAUGAGAAAAGUAAAUAAUGUCAUUAUGUCAACCAAAACCAGAUGGAACGUUAGCAGUCUCACAUGUCGAAAAGACAGCAAAUUAAAAAAUGUCAACAAAUGAGUUUAAUUCAGGAACUUUCGAAUCAACAUUUAGUGAGUCGAAGCAAUCUAAAAUUUUAACGAAUUCUGGAAAAAUACUAAUUGCGCUUACAGGAGGUGCUGCUCUUGGAUUAUCCAUUAUCUGUUAUCCGUUUGUGGCACCAGCUUUGCGUAAACACUGCUUGCCAUAUGUACCAGCAACAACUAAACAGAUACAAAAUGCGUUGUCAUCGGUUCGAGUUGUUGGUGCUCAAAGUAAGCUUCUUGAUAUAGGCUCAGGCGAUGGGCGAAUUGUAAUAGCUGCUGCUAAAGCACUCAAUAUAGAAAGCCAUGGUGUAGAGUUGAACUACUGGCUCAUAUUAUAUUCUAGACUAGCAGCAUUCAGAGAAGGCGUAUUUCGAAGAACAAAGUUCUUCAGGAAUGAUCUCUGGAAAUUCAAUAUAUCGCGUUAUGAUAAUAUUGUUGUUUUUGGUGUCGAGCAGAUGAUGAGUGAUCUCGAGCUUAAAAUACAAACUGAGGCACAACCAGAUUCAACUAUUAUCGCUUGUCGGUUCCCGUUCCCAACAUUAAAGCCAGUGAAUAUAAUUAACGAUGGAAUUGAUACCGUUUGGGUUUAUAAGGGAUUGAAGUAACACUUUAUUUGUUUCUAGUAGUAAUUAAAUAAAAUAAUAGCAUCGUAAAAUGAUUCUUUGUAUCAAUAUCAACCACAAUCACUUUUUGGAAAUGUUAUUUUUUUUUAUUGAAAUUGGAAUUCUGAAAAUGAUGAAAGUUUAUAGAUCGUACGCUAUGAUUAGUAUCAAAUUUUCAGUGUCGGAGUGAGACAGCAAUAAUAUCAAGGCUUAGGAAAAAUUUCGUAAUCAAUUUAAGCAUGAGACAGAAUUAGUGGUCAUAUAUUGUAUUCUUAAAAAUGUUCAACAAAAAAAUCUAGUACUAGUAAGAGUAUCACGGCAGAAUCAACUGAGAUUUGGUAUACUAGUAUAAAUAGAAAAAGUCCUUACUGUUUCGGAAAAAUGUUCAAAGACGAUGUUCGAUAUGAUACCAAUAUUAUUACAAUUCGACAUUGAUUUGCUCUCGACUUUGAUUCCAUUCGAAAGGAUCGAUUCCUAACUGAGAUUUCAUUAUUUUUAAUGUAUUACCGAUGAUCUGCUUGUGGUAAGCUAAACGUAGUGUAAAGCUAAAAAUAUAUAUAUAUUAAAUUCAGAUACCACGUAUCUACAUAUUUCAA